GUCUUCGGGUGCUAGUGAGUUAGCAGCCGAUGCUAGUAGCUUUUGUUUCGGCCGCUGGAGCUUCGCGAGGAGCCGCCGACCCACCGACACGACGCCGAGCGGAGGGCCACACGCCCGGGUGUCACACGCUGCUGUUCCCGGGUUGUUCUGUAACUUUGAGUCAACACCAUCAUCCUCCUCCGUCACUGCUGCCGUGCUCCUCCCAUCCAGCCGCUGCUCCUACUGGUUGUUUCCUCCAGGUCUGAACAUGGCAUCUAGGCUCCUGCUCUGGCUGUGCCACUGACCUCCACUCUGGACAACCACCAUGGAGAGAAAACGCAGAAAGAAAUUAAUCUAGCUGCUCAGGCUGUUUGCAGUAUGGACUCGUUGUUAGAGCUGUGGACUUGAAAUGCUCAAACUCAUCCCUGACGUGGAUCCGUUUUUCCUCUGAAACCUGCCGCUCAAAUUUAAACUCGUGCUCUGAGAUAGACUAGAACUCAAAAUGCUGCUGGUUCCAGUUUGGGCGUCCAUGAUGCUGGGACUGCUGCUGGGGUUUGUAACUGUGGUCGGGAUGGAGCCAAUGGGAGAGGGCAGAUCCGACUCGGAGCACGCCCCCGACUCAGACCCCAGCCCCUCGUCAUCCGGCUCCAACUGCUCCGAGUUAACCCUGAAGCUGGAGUUCUCCUCGGGGGUCGUGGAACAUGAGUACAUCGUAGGAUUUACAGGGUAUUUCUCGGCCAAAGCGCGCAGCCUGUACAUCAGCAGCGCCCUGCGGAACGCCAAGGACGGAGCAGUGGAGUGGCACAUCGUUCCACGACAGAACCCGGCGUCUGACUUCCCCAGCGACUUCGAGCUGGUGCACAUCCGUCAAGCUUCGCCCAGCAGCCUGCUGACCCUGGAGGACCACCCCUACAUCAAGAGGGUUACACCGCAACGCAAAGUGUUCCGCACCCUGAAGUACAUUCCCUCGUCCGAACCUGCCGAACCCUGCAACGCCACCCGGGGGUCCCAGUCGUGGCAGUCGUCCCGCCCGUUCAGACGCUCCAGCCUGUCGCUGGCUUCAGGAUUCUGGCACGCCACCGGUCGCCACUCCAGCCGGCGUCUGCUGCGGGCCAUCCCCCGCCAAGUCGCUCAGAUCCUGCAGGCGGACGUCCUCUGGCAGAUGGGACACACCGGUGCGGGUGUGAAGGUCGCAGUGUUUGACACCGGCCUCAGUGAGAAGCACCCACAUUUUAGGAAUGUGAAAGAGAGGACCAACUGGACUAAUGAGAAGACGCUGGAUGAUGGUCUGGGUCACGGCACAUUCGUAGCAGGAGUGAUCGCCAGUAUGAGGGAGUGUCAGGGAUUCGCCCCCGACUCCGAGCUGCACAUCUUCAGAGUGUUCACCAACAACCAGGUGUCGUACACUUCCUGGUUCCUGGAUGCCUUCAACUACGCCAUCCUGAAGAAGAUCGAUGUUCUGAACCUCAGCAUCGGGGGUCCGGACUUCAUGGACCACCCCUUUGUUGAUAAGGUGUGGGAGCUGACUGCCAACAAAGUGAUCAUGGUCUCUGCCAUCGGCAACGAUGGACCUCUGUACGGCACCCUGAACAACCCGGCAGACCAGAUGGACGUGAUCGGAGUCGGGGGGAUCGACUUUGAGGACAACAUCGCCAGGUUUUCCUCCAGAGGCAUGACCACCUGGGAGCUGCCCGGAGGCUACGGCAGAGUGAAGCCCGAUAUCGUCACCUACGGCUCCGGCGUCCGUGGAUCAGGAAUGAAGGAGGGAUGUCGCUCCCUGUCUGGCACCAGCGUGGCGUCUCCUGUGGUGGCUGGGGCUGUCACUCUCCUGGCCAGCACCGUCGUGAACCGGGACCUGGUGAACCCAGCCUCCAUGAAGCAGGCCCUGAUCGCCUCAGCCCGCAGGCUGCCGGGCGUGAACAUGUUCGAGCAAGGCCACGGGAAGCUGGACCUGAUCAGAGCCUAUCAGAUUCUCAACAGCUACAAACCUCAGGCCAGUCUGUCCCCCAGCUACAUCGACCUGACCGAGUCUCCCUACAUGUGGCCUUACUGUUCUCAGCCCAUCUACUACGGAGGAAUGCCCACGAUCGUCAACGUGACCAUUCUGAACGGCAUGGGUGUCACCGGCAGAAUCGUCGACAAGCCCAUCUGGGCGCCCUACCUCCCCCAGAACGGCGAUCACAUCGAUGUGGCCGUCUCCUACUCGCCGGUGCUGUGGCCGUGGGCCGGCUACCUGGCUGUGUCCAUCUCUGUGGCCAAGAAGGCCGCGUCCUGGGAAGGGAUUGCUCAAGGUCAUGUGAUGGUCACGGUGGCCUCGCCUGCAGAGAACGAUUCUGAGGCGGGUGGCGAGAUGACCUCUACGGUCAAACUGCCCAUCAAGGUAAAGAUCGUGCCAACUCCCCCACGCAGCAAGAGGGUGCUGUGGGACCAAUACCACAACCUGCGCUACCCCCCCGGCUACUUUCCCAGAGACAACCUCCGCAUGAAGAACGACCCUCUGGACUGGAAUGGGGACCACAUCCACACGAACUUCAGGGACAUGUACCAGCACCUCAGGAGUAUGGGCUACUUUGUAGAAGUGCUGGGAGCUCCGAUCACCUGCUUUGAUGCUAGUCAGUACGGCACGUUGUUGAUGGUGGACAGUGAGGAGGAGUAUUUCCCUGAAGAGAUCACCAAGCUGAAAAGAGACAUCGACAACGGCCUGUCCCUCAUCGUCUUCAGCGACUGGUACAACACCUCGGUCAUGAGGAAGGUGAAGUUCUACGAUGAAAACACCAGGCAGUGGUGGAUGCCAGACACAGGGGGCGCUAACGUACCAGCUCUGAACGACCUGAUCUCAGUGUGGGGGAUGGCUUUCAGUGACGGGCUGUAUGAGGGAGACUUCACCUUGGCCGAUCAUGACAUGUACUAUGCCUCUGGCUGCAGUAUUGCCCGUUUCCCAGAAGAUGGAAUAGUCAUUGCCAAGAACCUAAAGGACCAAGGUCUAGAAGUGUUAAAGCAGGAGACGGCUGUGGUGGAGGGAGUUCCCAUCCUCGGACUGUACCAAACGCCAUCGGACGGGGGAGGUCGAAUCGCCCUGUACGGAGAUUCGAACUGUAUCGACGACAGCCACAGACAGAAAGAUUGUUUCUGGAUGCUCGACGCCCUCCUGCAGUACACCUCCUACAGUAUGACCCCUCCCAGCCUCAGCCACUCCCACAGCAGGGUGACACCUCCCACAGGCACCGAGCGCCCACUGCCACAGAGACUGGAGGGAAACCAUCUUUACCGUUACUCCAAGGUUCUGGAGCCUCACCUGGGAGACCCUAAGCCCCGCCCACUACCAGCAUGCCCCCACCUGUCAUGGGCGAAGCCACAGCCGGUCAACGAGACAGCGCCAAGUAACCUGUGGAAGCACCAGAAGCUUCUCUCGGUGGAUCUGGACAAGGUGGCUCUGCCGAACGUGAGGGCGUACCGGCCCCAGGUCCGACCUCUGUCCCCUGGGGAGAGCGGGGCCUGGGACAUUCCUGGAGGGAUAAUGCCUGGUCACUACAACCAAGAAGUGGGUCAGACCAUCCCGGUGUUCGCCUUCCUGGGAGCGAUGGUCGUUCUUUCCUUUUUCGUGGUGCAACUCACGAAGUCCAAGAGCAAACCCAAGCGAAGGAAACCCCGGAUCAAACGGCCCAUGUACCUCCAGCAGCAGCAGCAGACGACCACGGGGAAGAACCCGGGAGUGUGAGCUGGAGCCGGCUCUGAACUGCCGCUGGAUUUAAGGACAACUUGUGUUGAAAAGCAACAUGGAGGAUUGGGCUCCGUGCAGUGAACUGAGCUGGUGAAGGCGACGUGUGACUGUGGCUGAACUCAGACCUGCCCGACGGGAACAGCCACCCGGAUGUCGGCUGGAUGCUCAAACAGCUUUUGUGCCUCUCGUCUGUUCCAGGCCGUCCGUGGGUGUUUGUGUGUUUGUGGCCUGAUGAACAGUAUUAGACAGUGUUAAACGCACAAUGUAAAACACACACUACACUUCUGUGUCGUACAGGCAUGGUGUCAACAUUCCCCUCUCUCUCUCUCUCUCUUUCUUCUCUGACCAACCUGUUUCUUUUUGGAUGAAAUGUUUUUUUUAUUUAUUGAAUUCGUUCGUACCCUGAAACACAAAAACACAUAAACAUACAUUUCAUGCUGCGAUACCGUUGACGUACACAAUGACAGAACUACACACGUGCUACAUGUGGGCCAAUGGAAGAUCAAGUUGUCGUCUCCUUCCUUAACCUCUGUUGUGUUUCCUGCCCACAUCUGUUUAAUCUGUCUCUUGGUUGUUUUUUAUUUUCUACCAUAAAUGAACGUUCUGUCGAUGAAGCUCCUUCGUGAUCUCAUGGUUCGACUCAGUAGCACCGACAGUUCAAAUAUAUCUCAUCAAUUAAAAAAGCAUUAUGAAAGUAA